UAUUUUGUUCUUGUUUCCCUUGUUUCUUUUUAUUGCACUUUGUUUUGUAAAUUUGACAUAAUCAAAGAAAGAUGUCGUAUUUUGUAGCUAUUCCCCUGAAGAAAACUUCAGAAAUUGAUUUAGUUAAGCCUUUAAAGUAUGUAUUUUCUAGCUUUUGUGUCGCCGCUGAUGAACCGAUUAAUUAUGAUGAAGCUUUAACGGAAUUAAAUAAGUUACGAAUGAACUCAACCUGGAGAACGUUAGAUAAGCAUGAAAACUCGUUAGAUGUGAUGACAAGGUACUAUGACCAGCUAAAUUUUUUGGAUGCAAAAUGCCCAAAUGUUGAGUUUCAGAUACCCUUUAAAUGGAAAGAUGCUUUUGAUAAGGGAAGUUUUUUCAUGGGGUCAGCAAGUCUUACUUUGCCAACCAUAGCUUAUGAGAAGGCUUGCAUUCUUUUUAAUAUUGGUGCCAUGCAGAGCCAGGUAGCUUGCUGUCAUAUUUCAGAUACAAAAAACGAUGAAGGUUUGAAACUAGCUGCCAAGUAUUUCCAAAUGGCUAGUGGAACUUUCGCACAUUUGAAAACUAUAGCUUGUCCUCCUGCUAUUCAAGAACCUACUCCUGAUAUGAGAUCAGAAACUAUUUCUGCUUUGCAAGCUUUAAUGUUAGCUCAAGCUCAAGAAAGUUUCUUUUUUAAAGCUACUGCAGAUAAUAUGAAGGAUGCUAUCAUUGCUAAAGUUGCAUCUAGAGCAGAAGAGCUCUAUUCUGAUGCAUUAAAGUUAAUGGAGAAAGAGACUGUUCAUCAUCUAUUUGAAAAAGAAUGCCUUUCAAUGGUUGCUGGAAAGCAAGCUGGAUUUCUUGCUCUUUCUGAAUAUUACCAGUCACUGGUUUGUAAGUCAAAGAAAGAUGUUGGAGAAGAAAUUGCUAGGCUUCAAAGAGCCUUAGAUCUUGUGAGGCAAGCAGAAGCAAAAGCUAUUUUGACAUCAGAUUUCAAAGAUUAUAUUCCCAAAAUCACUCACAAUUAUGAAGAAGCUAAGAAAGAUAACGACUUUAUAUAUCACGCACGAAUUCCAGAUAUCAAGUCCCUUCCUCCAAUUGGGAAGGCUGCACUUGCUAAACCUAUCCUUCCUGGAGAUAAAUUAAAUCCAAGCUCUCAAGAUUUGUUUAGUGCCUUGUUACCUAUAGCAGUGCAACAAGCUAUGUCAGCCUUUGAUUUAAGAAAAAUGGAAAUAGUAAAUAAUGAAAAAACAAAACUCCAGAGUGAAACACAGAUGUUAAAUGGAAUAUUAGCGUCAUUGAAUUUGCCUGCUGCAUUAGAAGAUACAUCUGGUAAUCUUCUUCCUCAGUCAUUGAGGGAGAAGGCUCAAUUAGUUCAACAGAAGGGCGGAAUUGAUGCUCUGCAAAGACUUCUGAAUGAACUCCCCGAUCUCCUCCAACGCAACAAUGAAAUUCUACGAGAAUGUCAAAGUUCUUUAAAUGAUGAAGAAGAAUCAGAUAAUGAGUUGAGAUCAAAAUUUGGAAAUCAAUGGCUGCGCACAACAUCGACAAAACUGAAUCAACCGUUAAAGGACAAUAUACAAAAGUAUUCUCAAAUAAUCAGCACAGCUGUUGCAGCUGAUGGAAUUGUCAAAGAGAAAUUUGAGAAACACAGGGACAAGAUAGCUCUUCUGUGCUUACCUGAGGAUCAGAUGAUAUCCGGUAUACCAGCUGGUAGCCCAGUUGCAUCCUGCCAAUCUGUCGAACGGUUAAAGAGCUUAAUGCGUGAAGUUGAGAGGUUAAAAGGGGAGAGAGAAGAAAUUCUUCAAGAAUUUGAUAGUGCUGCCACAGACAUGAAAGCCAAAUUUCUUGUUGCAUUGAAUGAUGGAAGUGUAAAUGAAGCAGCACUUUCUGUUGAAACGUUGGGUGAAAUUUAUGGUCCCAUUCAAAAACGUGCCAGGGAAAAUAUUGAAAAACAAGAACGGAUGGUGCGGGAUAUACAGAAUGCAAACAAUGAAUUUUCUAAAGAAAAAAAUACCAGUGGUUCUGCUCAGAAAAGAGAAACUAUAAUGUGUGAGCUUGCUGCAGCACAUGAUGCCUUCAUUGAAUUAUUAGGAAAUCUUGAAGAGGGAUCAAAGUUUUAUAACAAUUUAACUGAAGUGCUAGUUACAUUUCAAAACAAAAUCAAUGAUUUCUGCUUUGCACGUAAAACAGAGAAGGAAGAGCUAUGCAAAGACCUUCAAAAAAAUAUUGUGACUCAAGCUAAUCAACCUACACCUUUAGCUCCUCCUCACCAUACAGCUCCACCAAAGCCAACAAGACCACCACCUCCAAAAACCAAUGAAAAUAGUGGACCACAGGCACAGCAGAAUUACGGUUAUCCCCCUUCUGAUGGAGCAUCACAAAUGCCUCAGCAGCACAUUCCGCCUUAUCCAGCUUAUCCUUAUCCUACAUAUCCUUAUCCAUCUGCUCCAAAUGCUUAUAAUCCAUAUGGCCAGCUUAUGAUGCCUCCAUUUCCACCUGCUCCUGGUUAUCAAGGACCACCCACUCAAUUGCCCGCUUAUCCUGGAUAUGCACCUCCAAAUCAAAAUUACCCUUAUCCCCAACAACAGUAUAGACCGUAUCCCCAAUGAGUUGCUUUUUAUUAACAGCAAGACUAUCAGUGAUAUAUGCAGUAACAUUCGACUCACAUUUCAAAUUGUUAGUGAUUUCUUGUUGCGUCUUAGUUUUUUUUUAUUUUGUGCGCUUCUUUUUUUUUGUAGAUUGUUAAAUAUAUUCCACUUAUAUUGAUCAAGCUCGAUUACAUUUUGUUUAUUUAUAUUUAUAUACAUAUUUUUUAAGAAAUAAGUAAAUAUAUGGCGAGAUGUCUUGGAAAAAUUGUUUCAAAUGUUUUGCCAUUCCAUGCUUGAUAAGGAAUUUUGUUUUAGAAUUGAUUAAAAAGCAAAAUAAUACGCUAUUAAUUAUAAUAAAGUUAUAGUAAAUCAUUAUUUAUACUCUUUCAACCAUUUCUGUACCUUCUGCAUUGUUACCUUUGCAAUUGUAUAAUAUGUAAAUUUAAUAAAGAAAAUAUUAAAAAAAUUGUUAAUGGGAAAAUAAAAAUAAUAUUUAUUUC